CGUAUUCAACGCAAAAGGAAGUUUUUGUAACAUCAGUUUCAUAAGCGUGCACAGAAAAAACUAUUGAGUUAGGUUAAUAUUUUUUGAAUAAAUAACCCAUCAAAAUUUCCGUUGAGUUGUGUCUUCCAACAAGUUCUGACAAAACUUUGAAACAGCGCCAAACAAAACAAAACAAAAACGAAAAUUCAUUUGUGUUCAAACUCUCUGACAUCAUCACGUGAUCCUGCUCACUUCUCUUACUCUUAACCCACGCGCCAUUAUUUUCCUUUGACUCAUAUUUACUGUCUACAAUAUCAAUUAUUACAUUUCACACCCCCAUUCUCUCCAUUCCUGAACAACCUUCUUCUCUCACUCCCAGAUCUUCUUCCAAACCAACUUGAAAAUGGGGGUCAUCUCAAGGAAGAUCUUCCCAGCUUGUGAGAGCAUGUGUGUUUGCUGUCCUGCUUUGAGGUCAAGAUCAAGACAACCAGUCAAACGUUACAGAAAACUUCUUGCUGAUAUCUUUCCAAAAUCCCCGGAUGAGCUUCCAAACGAAAGGAAAAUUGUCAAAUUAUGUGAAUAUGCAGCCAAAAAUCCUUUUCGCAUUCCAAAGAUAGCAAAAUAUCUUGAAGAAAGAUGCUAUAAAGAACUGAGAUCUGAGCACAUCAAACUAGUCAAGAUCAUAGCAGAAUCUUUCAAUAAGUUGCUUUCCAUUUGUAAGGCGCAGAUCACAUAUUUCGCUGUUGAUGUGCUUAAUGUAACUUCGGAGCUCUUGGACUAUUCCAAGGACGAGGCUAUUCAGGCACUUGGUUGCCAAUCCCUAACAAGGUUCAUCUACUGUCAGGUAGAUUCUACUUACACUCAUAACAUUGAGAAAUUGGUGAGGAAAGUAUGCAUGCUAUCACAGGAGCCAGGUGAAACACAUGAAAACCGCUGUUUGAGGGCCUCAAGCUUGCAAUGCCUUUCAGCAAUGGUUUGGUUCAUGACUGAAUUUUCACACAUUUUUGCUGAUUUUGAUGAGAUUGUUUACGCCACUUUAGAUAACUAUGAUUGGAGCAGACAAAGUGACGAUGCUGACAUCAGGACAGAGGCUCAUCAUAAUUGGGUGAAUGAGGUUGUCCGUAGUGAAAGCCGGGCUGGUUCUGUUGUUGGUAAUGACAAUCGCUCUAGUUGCUUGAUCAUCCAACCACGACCAGAAGUAAAGGAUCCUUCCCUCUUAACCAGAGAAGAAAUUGAAAAACCAGAAAUAUGGGCUCAAAUAUGCAUUCAAAGAUUGGUUGAAUUAGCCAAGGAAAGCACAACUAUGCGUCGUGUAUUGGAUCCAAUGUUUGUCUACUUUGAUACAAGGCAACACUGGGCUCCUCAGAAUGGUCUGGCAAUGGUGGUUUUAUCGAGGAUGGCCUACUUCAUUGAGAACACGGGGAAUCAACGGUUUAUUCUAGCCUCUGUGAUACAUCAUCUGGACCACAAAAAUGUUAUGAAUGAUCCUCAACUUAAAUCAUAUGUAGUUCAAGUUGCCACAUCUUUAGCCAUGCAGAUUAGAUCAGGUAGACGAUUAGCAGAGAUUGGUUUUGUUGGCGACCUUUGCAGACAUCUAAGGAAAAGUUUCCAGGCCUCCAGUGAAUUUGUUGGAGAACAAGAGUUCAACUUGAAUAUCUCACUCCAAAGUUCCAUUGAGAAUUGCUUACUAGAAAUCGCUAAUGGGGUCAUUGACGUUCAACCACUGUUUGACUUGAUGGCAAUAACCUUAGAAAAUAUUCCAUCUGGUGUUGUUGGAAGAGCAACCAUUGGAUCACUCAUAGUCCUUGCUCGAGCACUCACUUCCGCUUUGGCCAACUUACGUGUGCAGCAGGGGUUUCCUGAAUCUCUUCUCAUGCAACUUCUAAAAGUAAUGAUGCAUACAGACGUAGAAGCUCGCAUUGGAGCACACCUUAUAUUUUCUGUACUUCUUUUACCAAGUUCGUUCCAUACAAACGAAGUUUCCUCUCUGCGGUCUAGAUAUAUGGAUCAGCGCAAUAAAAGGAAUUCUCAGACUGCAACUGCAUCUGCUUCAAUCACAGCUUUACUUGAAAAGCUCCGCAGAGGCAGAGAUGGUACCAAUGUUGCAGAUCAUGGGAACGUUGUUCACGAUGACAAAGAAAGGGAUACGGUCACAGAAGAAUGGAAGCAGGGCUGUGGCUUGAAGACUUCCCCUAACUUUUACAAACUCAGCUCAAUCAUUGAUAGGGCUACAGGAUCCCAAAGUUUGACUGAUGUGGAACCAUAUGUUAUGAAGCUAAGUGAAGAUCAAAUGGGCCAGCUUCUUUCUGCCUUUUGGAUUCAAGCCAAUCUUCCUGAUAACUUACCUUCAAAUAUUGAAGCUAUAGCUCAUUCAUUCAUAUUAGUGCUAAUUGUUUUACGCAUAAAGAACCUAAAAGACAGAGAUAACCUAGUGAUCCGCUUCUUCCAGCUUCCUCUGUCUCUCUGGACUAUGUUGUUGGACCCAAGUAAUGGAACUUUGCCUCCCGCAUGUCAAAGGUCUAUCUUUGUAUUAUCUGUUGGGAUGCUGGUAUUUGCCUGCAAAAUAUAUCAGAUUCAUGAUCUGAAUGAUGUGCUCACAUUGUUGGCAAAAUCUGAAGUUGAUCCGUUCUUGGGUAUCAGCGACGACAAUCAAGUAUAUGCUAAGAUCAAUGUGGAUUUGAAAGAGUAUGGUACUGCUUCUGAUAAUCAAUUAGCCAUGUCAACAUUAUCUGAGUUGAGGAACAAAAUAUCUGAAUAUCACCAGACCAUAAUGAAUGCUUUGAUUCAUAAUUUGACAAACUUUACUGAGCUGGAUGCAGAUAACCUGACUGUGCUACUGUCAGAGACAUUCAAGCCUGAUGAAGACUUUGUGUUUGGUCCACAGUCAAUUCUUGAUCAGAAUCAAAUGACUUAUUAUUCUCAAGAGUCGUUGUCGGUUGAUGAGGAUUUUCCUUCAAAUUCAGGAGGUGAAGACGACAAUAUCAGUGAAGCUUCUGUCUCCGACCUUUCUCGAUUCAUUCCAAAGAUGCCUGUAUCCCCUCCCCAGCCUCAUGUUAUCAGCAUUGGGCAACUUAUGGAAUCGGCACUGGAGGUAGCAAGUCAUGUGGCAGGAACAUCCGUCUCCACUUCGCCUCUCCCAUAUAACGCUAUGGCUAGUCAGUGUGAAUCGCUUGGGACAUGUUCACGGAAGAAGCUUUCAAAUUGGUUGGCCUUCGAGAACCAUUACACUCAAUCACCUGAUAAGUCGUUUCUGGCCUUUGCUCGUAACAGUAACGCAGCACUCGAAAAGGAAGCAUAUGAGGAUGGGAAUCCUCAAGUAGCAGCAUUGCCAAGGGACCCCAUGAAGUUGCCUCCUGCUAGCCCAUUUGAUAAUUUUCUCAAGGCUGCUGGUUGUUAACUAGCUAUCUAGGUUAACAUGUUUCAUGUUUAAAUCUACUAUGUUAAUUCUAGUUAUUUUAGUAGAAAUGAAUUUCUAGGAAUGGUAGGCUUGACAAACCUUUAAUUAUCAUUUAUAGUUCUUCUAAGGACUAUGUAAAUCUUGGAACUUAAGCCAUGUAAUCUUUGUAUUAUAAUAACUAACAAUUUCUUAACUAAACAGUUUGUGGUAUAUGCCUAUAUGGAAUCUUGAUCUGUUUUGGGUGGGCCA